AUAGCGCAAAGCUUUUAAAUAAACAUUACGUCAACCAAAAUGUAGACGUGGAAGUGAAAAUGACAAUGAUUAUUCAAGGAUUUUUUGCGUGUUUGUCUUCAGUGACUGCAUGAAAGUACAGUCGGUAGAGAAAUGGAGGAACAGACUUCAUUUGUGGAUGCUCUGAGGGCGAAAUAUUGCGACGACGAUGCCGAAAAUGGAGGUUGUGAAAGUUUCGUUCAGAUCACCGUGUUCGGCGGCAACAGUCGCCGGCGGCCGCGCGGUGACAGCGCCGGGGAGGACGGCGGGCGAGUCAGCGGGGGAGACGGUGGUGAUGAGAGUGUCCCAGAGUUGGACUACUUGAAAAGUGUUGUACUCUACAAUAGCAGGAUCAGCCAUGCUGCUAUUCCGUCAGUCGGACUCUCCUCCCUCUGUCCCAAUGUCCAUGAUCUGGACCUCUCCGGCAACCUGCUGGGCAGCUGGAAUGAAGUGAUGACGAUUCUCAAACACCUGCCGCGUCUGAAGUUUGUCAACCUCAGCUCCAACCCUUUGGGCAAUUGUGAGAUUGCCAGAAAUGAAGACAUUCCUUGCCCCAUUGAGGACCUGGUGCUGAAUGAUACCAAAGUUACAUGGAGUGAAGUGGCUGCCUUAUCACGCCUCAUGCCCAAACUGAAACAGCUACACUUGUGCAAAAAUGAUUACAAUGCCAUUGACUUAUCUGAUGAGGUUGUAGCAGAUACUCUUCGUCAUUUACGCUUAUUGGCACUGAACAAUAACCACAUUAAGAGAUGGGACGAAGUCGCCAAGUUGAAGUCACUUCCACAGCUUCACACGCUCGUGCUUCUGGAAAACCCACUGGAGGAUGUAUACUACAAACAAACACACCCAGAAGCUCCUCCUGAAAGCUCCGACAAACAAGCGGAGGCCCAUGGCUCGGAAGAUGCACAGGCUUGUUUCCACGGUAACAAAGCUAACGAGGAAAAGAAUCAGUCAGCUGAGGAGUCUGAUGAUGCAGCGUGCUGUGAGCAGCAGGCUGCUUCUAAAGACAAGGACAAUGUUGUGGACAGUAACUUGCAACACGUUGUUGACGACAAGCAAGAUUCGCAGCCAAGUCAGAACGAUGACUGCCAGCCUUUGGUAGGAAUGAAUGUUGAGGGACGUGUGGUUGAGGAUGCGGUGGAGGGAAGCCCAGGCUAUGUGUCAUUGGAGAGAGCCGGCGGUAACGCCAAGGAAGAAAGUGGAGAUUUAGAAAGUGCCAGGUCUAGACCAUCGGAGGACAGUGAGAAAUGCAACAAGACGGGAACCACAGAACCUACAGACAUCCAAUCAUCUGGGAGUAAGGAGCAAGAGUCUGCUGACCCCGCCUUCCCAGCCUUGGAGUCUCUCUGUGUGACAGGCACCUCCCUGUCUGAUUGGAAACACCUGCAGGAGCUCAGGCACUUCCCCUCAUUACACUCCAUCAAGAUCAAGAAAAUUCCACUUUUAGAGAGCUGGGAUGAAGCCGACAGACGAAAAGUUGCUGUGGCUUGCCUUCCAAGCAUCAAGCUGCUGAACGGCAGUGAAAUAACCCCGGAAGAGAGGGAGAAGUCAGAACGUCAUUUUGUCCGAGUCUUUGUGGACCAUGAGCAACCACCUGCGAGGCUUGAGGAGCUGGUCCAAAAAUACGGCAAGUUGAAGCCCCUCUACCAGGUUGACAUAAGCCGAGGGUACAAGGAGUUUAUGGAGCUGAGAUUCAUCUACGGCGGCCGCUGCAUCCACCAGGGGCAGAUCAGGAUGGUAGAGUCAGUCAAACAACUGAAGAAAUUCUGUAGUGACUUGAUCGACACAUCUCCGAGGAUGGUGAAACUGUAUCACAUGACUCAAGACCCAGACACCAAUGAGCCAGUCAUGGACGAGUUAUUUCUUGACUCGUUACCCAUGAGUCGCUUUGAUCUGAAAGACGGCGACGAGAUACUCAUCGAUUUGAAGAAAGGACAGAAUUUUAAAGGGCCCGAACCCCUUUGGGAACCUGGAAUCAAAUUGGCUCCCUAAGGUUUGAGCUGUGCAUGUACAUGUAGUCAAGUUCAUCAUCAUGAGUCAGUCACAUGUUCAUCACAUGCCUAUCACAUGUCCAUCAAAUGUCUUUCAGAUCUCCAUCACAUGUCCAUCACAUGUCCAUCAUAAGUCAAUCAAUAACUUCAGUCAAGAGUCAUUCACAAGUCACCCAGCUAUAGUCAAGUUACAAGCUAUUCAAAUGAACUGUGAUAGCAGUGUCCCUUUGACCUAGCUUGUUUGUUCCCUUUUACUUGUGACAGACAUGUGACAGACAUGUGAUAGGCAUGUGAGGGACAUUUGAUUGAGAUGUGGUGCACAUGUGUUGAAAGUGUGAUUGGCAUGUAAUGAUUUGAUUUUCUAAGCCAUUCAGUAUACUGCAGUGUGUUUGAAGAAGCAGUUUGUUUUCUUGACAAUCAGUGAUACCAAAUAUCCAAUGCUUGUUUAGCAAGUAUUCAGGGACCAACAUUUGUGCUCGUAAAAAUAGAUUGAUGUGUAUUUUCUGUGUGAAAAUCAUGCUGCCUUUCUAUAGAUUCUGAGGUUUUAUUUUACCGACAUUUAAAUGUGUGUAUCGCGUAGAGUGCUGUGGCCUCGUGGUCUGCAGCAUUGAAUUUGCAAUCUGAGGGUAAUUCUGCAGGUUGUGGGUUCGAGUCCAGCCUGGGGUUAUGGUGCGUGUGCCCUUAGGCAAGGCACUUUGUCACUCAUUGCUUCUCCCCACCCAGGAGUAAAUGGGUACCUGUGAGGGCAGAGGUGGUUAUUGUGGUUGAUUUAAGCUGCUUUGGGCUGAAAUGGCAGCAUCGAGUUGUAUACUCCCCAGGGAGCUGAGAUGGUAUUUGGAAUGUUUCAUGGGCCCAAUGAGCAGGGUAAUAAUGAUGAAGCGCUUUGAAACCUUAUAGGUAUAAAGCACUAUACAUGUAUAAGCACCAUGUAUAAAUAUUAUCGUUACUGCCAAUGUUAUACAUUUUGUGUGUAUUGUCUAUGGGUAGUCUUGUUGCCGUUACAGGCAUACGUAAUUUAGAAUUUUUAUAGAACUGAAACUCCAUUAUAUCUAAUAUAUGAAAAUGUAUACAUUGUAUUCCUCAAUCAUGUGUUGCAUUUGAGAAUUUCACUGAUUUCUGCGAGAAAAAU